AUGCGGAAAUCCGAUGUCGUGACAAAACUGUAAUUUUAUCUCCAUGGGAUAAAAAGACUGUAUUUCUCGAAAUGAAAGUGUACAAUUUCCUCUUCUGGGAUGAAUUAACAGGAAAAAAUUGCCCAAAAGUCUCCUUUUAAGAAAAUUAUUUUUGAGUGACAUCAUCGAUUCUUGUGCAGAACGCCUACGUCAUCAAAAGGCCACCGAGCAUUUUGCAAUGCGCGCAUGUUCCACGCAUUGCUUCCAAAACGAAACUUCUACUUCAAAUAAAAAACAAAAUUGCUGCAAAUUUUCAUCACAGCGGAGUAAUAAAACCCAUCAUCUGUGGGAUCAGUUUUGUUUGAGGAACCUUGGAGUAGGUGAAGUGAGACAUGAGUGUCGAUGCGUACGGUCCGAGCUCGCAGAGCUUGACUUUUCUGGACACGGAAGACGGCGAGUUACUGGGAGCCGACACGCAGGGGACGGAUUUUGAGUAUAAUGUAGGGGACUUCACCCUGCCGUCUCAGACGCAGACCCAAAGCCAGGCAUCGCAGCUUGAUGUCGUGUCGCAGAGUCAGAGCCAAGUUGGGUUGUCUUUGGAUGCAAAGCCAGUACAGAAUGGCUUUGUUGAGGACAACGUUGCAGCUACCGUACAAACACUGAAGGACUUGACUUUUGAAGAAGAUGAAGAAGAGACGUAUUACACCAAAGACCUACCUGAUCAUGCAUGCAGGUAUUGCGGCAUCCACGAUCCAUCUGCAGUGGUAUUAUGCAACUCCACUAAGAAAUGGUUCUGCAAUGGCCGUGGCAACACCUCGGGAAGCCAUAUCAUCAACCACCUCGUGAGGGCCAAGUGUAAGGAGGUCACCCUUCACCGCGACAGUCCCGUAGGAGAGACUGCCCUCGAGUGUUACAACUGCGGAUGUCGCAACGUGUUCCUACUGGGUUUCAUCCCUGCUAAAGUUGACUCGGUCGUCGUGCUGCUCUGCCGGCAACCCUGUGCCACCCAGAGCAACUUGAAGGACAUGAACUGGGAUCCAACCCAGUGGCAGCCCCUGAUUCAGGACCGCUGCUUCCUCAGCUGGUUGGUCAAGGUCCCUUCGGAGCAGGAGCAGCUCCGAGCCAGGCAGAUCUCGGCCGCUCAGAUCAAUCGACUGGAGGAACUGUGGAAGAACAACGCAGAAGCCACGCUGGAAGACCUGGAGAAACCGGGAGCUGAUGAGGAGCCUGCUUCGGUCAUGUUGAGAUAUGAAGACGCCUACACCUACCAGAACAUCUUCGGUCCUCUGGUGAAGAUGGAGGCAGAUUAUGAUCGCAAGACCAAGGAGAAUCAGAAUCAGAGUAACAUGUCUGUACGUUGGGACAUCGGACUCAAUCGCAAGACCAGGGCUUACUUCAAUUUCCCUAAGAAAGAAGAUUUGAAAUUGAUGCAGGGAGAUGAGUUGAGGCUGCGCUACCUUGGUGACUUGCAAGAACCUUGGUCAGGAGUGGGUCAUGUAGUCAAGAUACCAGACAAUUAUGGAGAUGAGAUUUGUGUUGAGAUUAAGAUAAGUGCCAAAGUACCCGUCAACUGCAUCAACAACUUUGUGGUGGACUUUGUGUGGAAAUCCACAUCUUUUGACAGAAUGCAAAGUGCCCUGAAGACGCUGGCAGUGGACGAGACAGCCGUGUCUAGUUUCCUGUAUCAUAAACUCCUUGGUCAUGAGGUGGAGAACAUGGUGAUCAAGAGUAACCUGCCUAAGCGGUUUUCCGCACCCAAUCUCCCCGAGUUGAACCACUCUCAAGUGUCUGCUGUGCGCAUGGUGCUCACACGCCCUCUAAGUCUUAUUCAGGGCCCACCCGGGACAGGAAAAACUGUCACCUCAGCCAGUGUUGUCUACCAUCUUGCCAAGCAAGGACAGGGGCAAGUGUUGGUGUGUGCACCCAGUAACAUCGCUGUGGACCAACUGACUGAGAAGAUCCAUCGUUCUGGAUUGAAGGUUGUCAGGAUAUGUGCCAAGAGUAGAGAAGCUAUCGAGUCGCCAGUCUCGUUCCUCACACUCCACAGACAGGUGCGAAACAUGGAAGGGAACGAGGAGCAGCAGAAACUGCAAGCUCUGAAGGAUGAGAUCGGAGAAUUGUCCAGCGCUGACGAGAAACGCUUCCGUGCGCUCAAGAGGAACAAUGAGAGAGAACUGCUCCAGAAUGCUGAUGUGAUUUGCUGUACCUGUGUAGGAGCAGGGGACCCUCGUCUUGCCCGGUUCCGAUUCCGAGCCGUUCUCAUCGACGAGAGUACGCAGGCCACAGAACCCGAGUGUCUCAUACCCAUUGUGCUCGGAUGCAAACAGGUCAUCUUGGUAGGGGAUCAUUGUCAGCUAGGCCCAGUGGUCAUGUGCAAGAAAGCGGCCAAUGCCGGCCUCUCACAGUCGCUCUUCGAGCGUCUCGUGGUCCUGGGCAUCCGACCAAUCAGAUUGCAGGUUCAGUAUCGUAUGCAUCCGGCCCUCAGCGCUUUCCCAUCCAACAUUUUCUACGAGGGAUCUCUGCAGAAUGGUGUGGCAGCUGGUGAUCGAAUCAACAAGGCAGUGGAGUUUCCCUGGCCCCAGCGAGACAAACCGAUGUUCUUCUAUGCCACGGCUGGACAAGAGGAGAUCUCCAGCUCCGGUACCUCCUUCUUAAACAGAACGGAGGCGUCUAAUGUCGAAAAGAUCACAACAUGUUUCCUGCGUGCCGGCGUCAAGCCCGACCAGAUUGGCAUCAUCACACCCUACGAGGGCCAGCGUGCGUUCAUCGUCCAGUACAUGCAGUACAGCGGCCCCCUGAAUGUCAAACUCUACCAGGAGAUCGAGAUCGCCAGCGUCGACGCUUUCCAGGGACGGGAGAAAGACUACAUCAUUCUGUCGUGUGUCCGUGCCAAUGACCAUCAGGGCAUCGGGUUCUUGAACGACCCACGCCGUCUGAAUGUUGCUCUGACUCGCUGCAGGUAUGGUGUGAUCAUCGUGGGUAACCCCAAGGUCCUGUCACGUCACCCACUGUGGAAUCACCUUCUGACCUACUACAAGGAGCAUAAGGUCCUGGUUGAAGGACCUCUUAAUAACCUGAAGGAGAGUCUGAUUCAGUUCAGUAAGCCAAGGAAGCUCGUCAACACAACAAACCCAGGUGGUCGUUUUAUGACGUCUGCAAUGUUCAGCGCCAAGGAGGCCAUGAUACCAGGCAGUAUCUAUGAUAGAUCAGGCAUGAUGAAUGGAGGAGGAUCCAGUCGUUUUGUUCAUGGACCAGGCCGUAUCCACGACCAGAUGGGUUACAUCGGGCCAGGCCCCGCCCAAUUCGCGGGGGCCAACGUCCCUGUACCAGUCAACAUGUUCUUGCCUCCACCCCCUCAACCAGGCAAUCACUUCUACAAUCAGGGCAUGCCGGGGCCACCGAUGGGGGGCCACAUGCCACAGCAGCGGGGGAAGGGUGCCCCUCCAUACUCCAAGAGGAGGGGCAAGCCACCUGGGCAGCAGGGGCAAGGGAAAGGCUCGCAACAAGGAAUGGGCGGGGCUAGCCAGCCGGGCAACUCUAGCCAGAAUAUGUCUCAGUACAAUCUCUCAAUGCAGAGUCAGGAUGGGUCGAUGCCAUUCUCCCAGGGCCCACUCACCCAAGGCAUGUCCAUGAGUCAACCGGGCCUAUCCCAGGCUGGCUUCUCCCUGCCUGGUCUCUCCCAGCCAGGCCUGUCUCAGCCGGAGCUGUCGCAGGACAGCUACCUGGGAGAAGAGUUCAAGUCCCAGAUGGAUGCAGCCCUGUCUCAGGACUCCACCUACCAGGGCGAUCGUAACUACCAGCACGGCUUCGGUUAUUAGUACCAAGCGAAGCACGGCGCCGGCAAACACGCCGCGCCAAACAUCGCGAGAGAAUGUGUUCGAACAUCCUUCUUCAAAAGCAGCCGGGGGGAGGUGGAAGAACGGCGGCGAAGACACCGAGAUAAAACAAAACACGAGGAUCAACAGCAAAGACGCACACAGUGGGUUCUCCUGAGAAAGAGAGAGAAACCUGGAAAAGGAAAAGUGGAAGGGCGAGGAAAGACGAGGCCAUGGUAGAUCAGAAAGGGCUUUGUCUAAAUGAAAACAUAGACCAACAAAAGUGCACUACCGCAUAAUGAGAAAAAAUAAGCAAGUUGGAAAGUGUCCCUUGGGUGGAAAAGGUACUGGGUGUCAUGUUCACAUGAAGACAGGUUAUGAUGCCUAAAGUAUAAAGAGAUGGAGGGUAACAUAAGAUAUAACACCACACACACUAAAACAUGGCAACUUAUAAGUUAUCCUAUCCGAUAGGCAUGCACCAUGUUUAAAAAUAAUUUCCGCAACAUUUAUAGUGUCAUCUUGCCCAUGAGGCGGUAACCAUUUUUUCGCGACAGAAGUAAGAGGUUUUAUCUGUAGCUAAUAAUGUCCAAAAAUUGGUGGCUGGAAAGUUUUUCUUCUGGAAUAAUAAAUGAAUUGUAUCUGGAAAGCAUGCCUGCAUCAUUACUGACGGUAUUUCCCCUUGUCGAUGGGUGAGGUGGUGGUAAUAAAAUUGGUGGUUGGACGAAGAGUACAGAAUGAAAUGCACUCGUGCAACAUUGGUCAAUUCCAAUGCAUAUCUGAUGUCGUGAAACUACUUUUUGCAUUUUAGAUGAUUUCAGAGGGGUGUUUCAGUCUAAAACAAUGCCAUUGUUCCUAGGACAAAAUUCACAAGCACCAAGCCCCAAACUUGCAACCAAGUCACUAUCCGGCAAUUUAAACCAGUGCAGUAGAAGGGAAAAAGCACAAAUUAAUGUACCACUGAGAUGUAGAGCGACAAAAAGGUAUUAUCAAAUUUUAAAGAAGUCUUCUAACCCAAAGAUGUUACAAAAUUAGGAAAGGACAUCUGUGUGGAAACAGUGUCGAAACAAGAAAUACAAAAUGGCUGUGAACUUCAGGGGCCCUACCGUUGGGUACAUAAAAACUUUGUGCAGUAAUUACUAUUUCAAAAUUUCCAACUGAUCAUUAAACAACAAAAGCAACACAUGUUUCCUGUCUUACUUUUCUAGGAUCUACACCCUAAACCACCAAGACCAUUUUUAGAACGUAACUGCAUGUUUUUCUUAGACCAUUUUAGACCAUUUUAAAAAGAAACUGCAUGUUUUGCUUAGGCAGAGUUUUGCAAGGUCAAAAUGUUCUUCCUUUGUAAUAUACCAGGCAUAAACCAGCGGGGUUUCAAGGUCAUGGGAAUCAAAUUACAGUAAUGGUCUUGGAGUGGGGGUGCUGGAUUUAAGAGUUUCCAAGUAAAAAUUUCAUCAAGUGUUUCGGUUUAAUUCAGAAUUAAGAAGUGAAUAGCAAUUCUUGGCAGUGUUAACAUUAGCCAAACAUGUUAUAUUUAGCAUGCAUAACCUUCAUGAUGGUGGGCUGGUUUUUCUUUUUUUUGCUGUGAUAAAAACCUGUACUGGGCAGUAUAUUUCAAGAAUGAAAUGGCCAUAGAAAGUUCACCCCAGUCCCAGUGCAUUGUUAUAUCUGGAACCGUAAACUGCCGGACACAUAUUACACUGCUUUGCCUGACCAGAGUUUGGGGUGUGACUGAACGGUAGUGACGAGUCAGAGAGAGAGCGGUCGAGAUUGUUGAGUUUUAACUUUCCCUUUCUUCCCCGUAUUUGAACUGAAGAGAUAAUGUGCAGUUAACAGCUCACUGUUGAUCAGAAAGAAAAAGGUGUUGUAAAUUUAUCACACAUGUUUAAGACAACUUAGGGGGCCCUUGAUGUACAUGUAGUCUGGUAUCGGAGAAACAGUGAUUGGUACAUCUAUCCUGCACUCUUUCAGACCUUGUGGUCCCCUUAGUUUAUUUUUUUGUUUCUAGUUCUUAGUAGUACGAUUUAUUUUAAUCUAAGUGUAGAUGAUUUAAUUACAGGUACAGUAUAUGGGUGAGGCAUUAAUUUCAUUUAUAAAUCCAGGUUUGGAUUUAAGCAAACUUGUGGUAAUAUAAUUAUUUGGGGGAUUUAUUUUAACUUGAAAAUAAAUUUUGUUGAGCAAUUAUGGUAAUACAUGUAUACUGCUUGGGAUCAUGACAUGCAGUUGUUUUAAUAGUUCUGGUUAGAACUAGUUCUUUCAGAAACAUGUUUUUUUCCGAAAAAUAUGUACAAAUUGCUGUCAUGUAGCGACAUGAGAUGGACGGAACUAGAAAAAUCAGUUCUGAAUUGAAUCUUCAGUUACUGAAAUUUCUCCAACUGUCAUUUUUCUUGAAUGAAGCGUUUUUCUUUUGGGCCGCUAGGGUUUCAUGGCAAUUUAAAGGUCGAGUCAUCAUUUGGCUAUUCUAGCUGCAUAAAUGAGUUCCCACAUUUUGUCACUGAAUAACCAUAGGACGUUUGCACUCUUCGUUGGCGUUCCCAAGCCUUUAUGUUGGUGUACAAUAUUUGUAGGUCACAGUUAUAAACAGUAAGCAGUGAACGGAGAUAACACACACAAAAUAAUUUUACUGGAAUAUUAAUAUUUUGGUCAGCUUUGGUCUUAUUAGCAAAACAUAUUGUAAAAUAUAUUCUUUCGUUGCACUAACUUAACAUCUGUUUUGUGUUUUAAAAGCAAAAACUAACUUUUAGAAGCACUGAUAUGCUUUCUAUACUCGACAGUGUUUUCGAUCACUUCUUGUUGCAAAACUUUUAGAUGCAUGUAAUUAUUUUACAACUUCUUUUUACACGAAUGCCGUUUCAUAUCUUUCAAAUGCAAUGGAAAAUGUCCAUAUUCCUUUUGUAUGGGUUGAUAAAGUGUACAUGUCAUGCCUUCAUAUCCGUUAAUAAAACUCGGGGAAUAAUUUUCGAUAUGCAAAGGAGAUAGAUAUUAGUAGUGCCAGAUACUUGUACUACUUAAAAGUAGUUAAAACAGCAGAAAAAAUUGUUGUGGAUGGUUGGUGAAAAAAAACCACUUCGAAAUAACUGUUCGCUGGCUUGUUACUCACUUCUAGUGGUCAACACAUGUGGGCUCAAUGUACCUCCAUGAUGUAGACAAGUACAAAAUUAUCAUUAUGCUUGCCAAAAUACAACUUUCAUUUGUGACUGGUAUCCCAUUUUACGAUUUCUCUUUGGCAGAAAACUGGUAAGCAAUACCAGACAAGACUUGAUGACAAGGCGUUAGGCGCUGCAUAUUUGUUACUAACACACAAGUCACAGUGCGACUAUACACAGGCAACGGUCGAGGGUGUGUACCGUCCCUGUAACUGCACCGCGCUUAACAACUACCGUCUUGACUUUAAGACUAGGGGUAAACUAAUAUAAAAUCAUAUUCUUUACCCCCAAGUAAUGCGAUAGUUUUGGCUUUUCCGCAUUUAGUUAAAACGAUUUUAAGCUCUAUUCACAGAGAUUUACCAAGGCAGAUUUAUGUAGUUUUAAAGGCAUAUUAUUUUAACCAUUGACAAAUAAAUAAGACAAGUUAUCACGCA